AUGUUUUUAAUAUUUUAUAACCAUUUCCUCCACCUUACCUUUGAGUUUCCUUUGUCUCUGCCAAGGAGACUUUUCACUCACUAUUUAUAUAUCAACACUCCAUAACAAUAUUUUCAAGCUUCAAUUUCUUCAACUAGCUUUGUCUUCUCAUUUUACCACAAUGGCUCAAUCUCAACUAUUUAGCAGUGGAAUAGAGCUUGCACCUUUUGUGACAAGUUCUAGUCUUCUUCGAAAAUCAUGGAAUGUUAUCACAUCUCGCGAUGUAGAUUUUGUUUCGAAUGAUGGUGUUGGACUAUCAUGGAAAGUUUAUAAAGAACCAAACACUGAUGUUACUUUUGUAGCAUUUGAGGCCAUACCUUCAGAUUCUUCCAAUCUUCAAUCUGAAUUGGUUUCAUCUAUACAACUCAAAGAGAAGAAUUUCCUUCAUUUUGAGUUUUUAUGUACUAAAGAAAAUCCAUGUGUUUCUCUUAACAAUACUGCUGUUUCACUCUUUUGUAAAAAUUAUCAGAAGCUUGAUCUGUUGAAAUCUGAGAUUAGUAGCUCUUCUAAGCUGAUAAUUACUGGACUUGCUCUUGGAGGAUCAAUUGCUUCACUCUUCACUUUAUCACUACUAAAUAGUCUUGAUUCAAAAAAGAAAAAACCACUCUGCAUCACCUUUGGUUCUCCACUAAUUGGUGACAAAAGCUUGCAAAAAUCCAUAUCACAAGUUACUUCAUGGAAUUCUUGCUUUAUUCAUGUUGUUUCUUGCAAUGAUCCACUUCCAAGGAAAUUCUUCACAAAUCAUACUAGUUCUUAUGUGCCCUUUGGAACAUUUCUCAUGUCUUAUGAUGCAUAUUCUACUUGUUUUGAGAAUCCUGAUUCUGUUUUGGCAAUUCUUGAGUCUUCAAUCCAUGAUCAAAAUCAAGUGUUUCAUUCUUUAGAGUAUGGAAAAAUUGUUGAAAGACUCUAUCACGAAGCAAUUUGCAAAGAUAACACAAACCAGACUCAAGGGAUGAAUUAUUCUAAUUCACUUCAUGCAUGUAUCAGCUUGCAGAUGUUGGCAUUAGGAUUGGCACCACAUAUGCAGCAGCAACAACAGGAAAUUGACAUCAUUAAUGCUUUGGUAAAAAAGAUGGAGACCCUAGAGAAAGAAUUCAUUGUUCAGAAAAAUCGAAAUAUCGCGAAAAAUAAGAAUUCAUCGAUGAAAUUAAAUACAAUGAAAAUAGAUAUGGCUCAACUAGAAUGGUACAAGAAAAUUUCGAAAAAUCAAAAUUUAGGGUACUAUGAUAGUUACAAGAAAAGUUACACAACAAGUGACCAAGAUGUUCGAAGAUUCCGAAAAAGUCUCACAAAUUAUUGGGAAAAAAUGGUUGAAGAAUCACUAAUGAAGCCUCAGAAAGAAAGCGCUUCGCUUCGUACUCGUUGGCUCUACGGAGGAACAACUUAUAGGAGAAUGGUUGAACCUUUAGAUAUAGCUCAAUACUAUCUCAAUGGUGGUAAAGACUAUGUGACUAGUGCAAGAUCUAGUCACUACAAACAAUUGGAGGAUUGGUUUGUAGAAGAAGCAACAUCAAAAACCACAGUUGGUUCAAAAAAUGUUACUAGAGAUAAUGUGGAAUCAAUUUUAACUCUAGAUUCUUGCUUUUGGGCACAUGUUGAAGAGGCUCUUAUUUCAUGCAACCAAUUGAAGGAUGUACAAUCUAGUGUCAUUGAAAAGGAAGAGGCAACAAGAAAAUUGAUUGAAUUUGAGAAUUAUGUUUAUGGAUUGCUAAUGGAAUAUGAAGUGUCACCAGAGAUUUUCCUUGGUGAAAGUAGCUAUAUGGCAUGGUGGAAUCAGUAUAAGGAAAUUAAGGGAAGUUUAUAUAGUUCAAAGCUCACAUAUUUUAUGAGCAAUGCUCAUAAUUAUAAUGUGCAAUAUGUUGGAGGAACUUAUAAAUUUGAUCAUAAGCUUCUAUAUUUCAACAUAAUCUUGCAAGCAAUCACCAUGACACAACAUAAAAUAUUUAGCAGUGGAAUUGAGCAUGCAUCAUUUGUGACAAGCUAUCAAAUCCUUGAAAAAGCAUGGAAUGUUAUCUCAUCUAGUGAUGAAGGCAUAGUUUCAAAUGAUGGUGUUGGAUUGUGUUGGAAACUUUACAAAGAACAAAGUUCUGAUUUGACUAUUAUAGCCUUUGAAGCUAGUGAUUUGGUUCUAUCUUCUAAUCCUAAAGAGAAGAAUUUUCCUCAGUUUGAGUUUUUGUAUUCUAAGAAUAUCACUUCUUUCUCUUUUAACGAAACUGCUGUUAAACUCUUUGAUGAUAAUCUUCAGAAGCUUGAUCAGCUGAAAUCUGAGAUUUUAGGUACCAAUCCAUUGAAACCAUUGAUAAUUACUGGAAAAGGUCUUGGAGGAUCAAUUGCAUCACUCUUCACAAUAUCACUAUUAGAUAACAUUGGUUCGACAAAGAAACGUCCACUAUGCAUCACAUUUGGUUCACCUCUUCUUGGAGAUAAGAACUUGCAAAAAGCAAUAUCACGUAGUUCUAAUUGGAAUUCUUGCUUUAUACACAUUGUUUCAUGCUACGAUCCUCUUCCAAGGCGAUUCAUUACAGACACAACUUACAUGCCUUUUGGAACAUUUCUGUUCUGUUCCGAUUCAGGUUCUAGUUCUUUUGAGAAUCCUGAUUCUAGUUUGCUAAUUCUCAUUACAUUAAGCAAAAUAACUGGUCAAAAUCAAGAAUUUCAAUCUGCCAAGUAUGGAGAUUUAGUCGAGAAACUCAAACAUAAAGCCAUUUUUAAGGAUUCUUCAGCACUGGCUGAAGACAAGACUCGUUCGGAUUCAUUUGCAAUCGGUAUCUGUUUGCAAUUGCAGCAGGCACUGGGGUUGACGCCACGCAGUCUGCAAGAACAUAACAUUGAUAUCAAUGAUCUUGAAACAAAGAUAACAAAUCUAGAAAAAUUAUUCAUCCUACAAAAGAGGACAUCAUUUGAUCCAUCCAAGAAAUUGAAUGACAUGAAGCGACAUAUGGCACAACUUGAAUGGUACAAAAAGGAGACAAAAACUAAGAACAUAGGAUAUUAUGACAGCUUCAAAAACAUGAACACCAAAUCCGACAUUGAUGUUGUUGGGUUUCAAAAAUCUCUCAAAAUUUAUUGGGAAAAGUUGGUUGGAGACGUUGAGACGAAACCUCAAAAAGAAGGUGCGGCGUUUCGUACUCGCUGGCUCUACGCAGGAACUACUUAUAGAAAAAUGGUUGAGCCUCUAGCUAUUGCUCAAUACUAUAAAGAAGGUGGUAAAGAUUAUGUGAAUAACGAACGAUCCAAACACUUCAAAAAUUUGGAGGAAUGGUUGGAGGAAGAUACGACAAAAACAAAAAAAGAAUUAAAUAGUACAAGUAGGAAAGAUGUUGAAGUGAUUUUGACUAUAGAUUCUUGCUUUUGGGCACAUGUUGAAGAGGCUAUACUUGCAUGCAAUGAGUUGAAGGCUGUGAAAGACAAAGAAGAAGUAUUGGAGAAAUUGGUUGAAUUUGAGAACUAUGUUUAUGGUUUGCUUAAGGAUUAUGCCGUGUCGCCUGAGAUUUUCUUGAGUCAAAGUAGCUAUAUGAGUUGGUGGAAGGAUUAUAAAGCUAUCAAGGGAUCUUCAUACACUUCAAAACUUGUUAAUUUCAUGAAUGAUGCUGGUACGAUUAAGCUGUAUGGUUCGGGAUCUUAUGAUUUCCCCUGAAGUAUGUCGAGGUUGCAGUUACAUUGCGGAGUUGAUAAUGCCGCAAUUUUGAUUGCAACGUUGUUGCAGAGACUUCUAAAACUCUUAUGUUGCAGUCGCUAUCGUGGUUACCAGUUUAUAUCUACUGCAGAAUAAUGUGGUCUCGUAUGUGUAAUAAAUAAAGAUUUUAUCUCCUUCUAUACCUUUUCUUUUUUGUAUUUCAUUUGUCAUUUUCGUGUUAGAAUCAUCUUUUCUUUCAGUGUUGUCAAUUAUGAUAAUAUAUAGAAGCUUUUUGAAUUUGUUUUUCCUUUAA